AACUACACUGUCUUUCUCUCACCACAUCUGCACCAGACCUCUCUCAGUCAUGGGGCUUCACCACAAAGAGUUUGAGCAGGCUGGCAAGCGCCCAGGUCUACAGAUAUGGAGAAUUGAAAAGAUGGAACUGGCCCCUGUGCCUGAAAACUUACAUGGGAGCUUCUAUAUAGGUGAUGCCUACCUGGUGCUCCACACUGUCAAACAAAAGGACUCGUGCUUCUACGAUCUGCACUACUGGCUGGGUAAGGAAUGUACCCAGGAUGAAAGUGCAGCGGCAGCCAUCUUUACCAUUCAGAUGGAUGACUACCUGGGAGGAAAACCGGUCCAGUACCGUGAACUCCAAGGUUUUGAGUCCACCAACUUCACCAGCUACUUCAAAGGCGGGAUUACAUAUAAGGCCGGAGGUGUGGCAUCAGGGUUUCAUCACGUGGUCACCAAUGAUCUUACUGCCCGCCGACUCUUCCACAUCAAGGGCAGGCGCACUGUCCGGGCCACAGAAGUGCCUCUCGCCUGGGCCAGUUUCAACAACGGCGACUGCUUCAUAGUUGAUCUGGGAGCGGUGAUCUACCAAUGGUGUGGGUCUAAGUGCAACAAGUUUGAGCGCCUCAAAGCUGCACAGGUAGCUACUGGUAUCCGAGACAACGAGAGGAAUGGACGAGCCCAGCUGGUGGUUGUAGAGGAAGGACAUGAGCCUGCAGCGAUGAUGGAGGUUCUCGGUAAGAAGCCUGAAAUCCCUGAAGGUGAUGAUAAUGAGGAUGUGGUUGCAGACAUGUCAAACAGGAAAAUGGCCAAACUUUACAUGGUAUCAGAUGCAACAGGGGAAAUGCAAGUGUCGCUUGUGUCAGAUGAAAAUCCGUUUAACCAGAGUGACCUGUUGUCUGAGGAAUGCUUCAUUCUGGACCAUGGAAAAAGCAAAAUGAUCUUUGUGUGGAAAGGUCGCAACGCAAAUCCAGAUGAAAGGAAGGAGGCCAUGAAAACAGCUGAGGGCUUCAUUAAGCAGAUGGGAUAUCCUGCCAACACCCAGGUCCAGGAAGGAGACGGUGGAGAGACGCCCAUCUUUAAGCAGUUUUUCAAAACCUGGAAAGAGAAGGACCAGGCUGAGGGUCUAGGCAGAGUGUAUGUCACUGAGCGGAUCGCCAAGAUUAAGCAAGAAGUGUUUGAUGCCUCCAAGCUGCACGAGUCUAAUCAAAUGGCUGCUCAGUACAACAUGGUUGACAAUGGCACUGGAAAAACACAGAUUUGGAGGGUGGAGUGUGGUAAUACCACAGGUGAUACCAAGGUUCCUGUUGACCCAGAGGCAUACGGCCAGUUCUAUGGAGGGGACUGCUAUAUCAUUUUAUAUGCCUACACCAAAGGAGAAAUCAUUUACACCUGGCAAGGUUCCAGCAGCACAAUAGAUGAACUGACAGCUUCAGCCUUUCUCACUGUUGAGCUGGACCGUUCGCUGGGAGGAAAAGCUGUUCAGGUGCGAGUGACUCAAGGAAAGGAACCACCUCAUUUGCUGAGCCUCUUCAAAGAAAAGCCUCUGAUCGUGUACAAGAAUGGGACUUCUAAAAAGGGAGGACAGGCACCCGCACCUCCAACACGUCUCUUUCAAGUGCGCAAGAACCUGGGCACCAUUACACGGAUUUGUGAGGUAGAUGCUAAAGCAUCAAGUUUGAACAGCAAUGAUGCCUACCUUCUGAAGUUACCUGAGGGGGAUGGGUACUUGUGGAAGGGGAAGGGGGCCAGUGAGGAAGAGGAACGAGGGGCAAAGUACAUGAGUGAGAAACUGAAGUGCAAAACCAAACCAAUUACUGAAGGAAACGAGCCAGAGGACUUCUGGAAAGCUCUGGGUGGAAAGACAAAGUAUCAGACAUCUGAGAUGUUGGAGAGCAAAUCUAUAGCACAUCCUCUCCGCCUGUUCGCCUGCUCCAACAAAAGUGGAAAGUUCAUCAUUGAAGAAGUACCUGGUGAGUUUAACCAAGAUGACCUGGCAGAGGAUGAUGUCAUGUUGAUGGAUGUCUGGGAUCAGGUGUUUGUGUGGAUUGGAAAGGAUGCCAAUGAGGUGGAGAGGACUGAGUCUGUAAAAUCCGGUGAGAUUCAGGCACACAUUCCUUAAAACGUCUUUCUUCA